UCUAAUUCAUUGGUUUAAGAUGCCCAAAAUUGAUGCCCAAAAUUAUACCCAGUAUGAUCGUUUCAUUAGUAUACAUGUAACUUAUAUUUGGCCACUUUUGAUGUGUAAAUCUUCAAGCUACGUGCCAGCCCAAAGCUCAGCUCAAUGACAAUUUCUUUUAGUUUUUGUCUUACAGCUGGGGGGUAUUACGACAGGUUUGCCAAGUGUUCCGGCAUGAAUGAACCGGUGAUGCCAUUUAAGUGUCUAGUAUGAUGUGAAGUUGAAAAUUGAAUUACUUUAGGAUUGUGUCGUUUUCAUUGUUCAGCAGAAUACUCAAGUGGAAUGCUUUUGGUGACAGGGGAAGAUUCAAUGGAUCUUGGUCCUUAUGAUAUCACUUGAUCUAACAUAUAGUAGAAAUUGGAUGAAGUUUUGGAGAUUUAAUUGACGUAUAGAAGAUUUGCUUCGUUGUGUUUAAUAGUGAGCUUGUUUUUUUAUUUGUUUGUUUGUUUUACUUCAUCGUUUUGUUGCAGGGAGGAGACCAGUAACUAUCUUUCCUAUAAUAUUGGGUAUACGAUUAAGCGUGUAUAUAGAUUUUUCUCUUUUCAUUGCUAUCUUUGCAAAUUGCCAAUUCUUUUGAUUUCGUUUUCAAUUAUUAUUUUAUAAAUCUACCAUUGUGAGGAGAAUAAAACUUCAUGUGACGUUCCAUGCAGUGUCAUUGGAAGAUUUAUGUUGCAUUUCUUAUCGAGUUUCAAUGCGUAGAUUGGAAAUAACAUCUUUCUGCAGGUCUUUUUGGUUCACCGUGAAAGUUUAAAAUCUCGAUGACAGAAAGUUCAAAAUAUCGUUGUUGAGAUAAAAUAUGAGAAUUGAAAAUCAUUGUUAUUGUCUCGAGAUAUUAAAUUAGUUCCUGUACUAGCAAACAGCCUUUGAUUUUGAGAAUUGAUGUUGUAGAGUUGAUAUGCGAGCAAGCAACAAUAGCCUGCUUCAUUGGUUAUGGGCAUAGUAGGUAUCUCCAAAGUUCAUUAGCCAUAGGCUCAUUUCGCGAUGGAUAUAGAUCUUAGGUUACCUUCUGGUGAGCAUGACAAAGAUGAAGAACCGAAUGGAAUUAAUAAUAUGUUGGAUGUGGAAGAAAAACUUCAUAAUGGAGUUAUUGAGAGUGGAAAUAAUAUGGUUGAUGCUACAGAUGGGAUGCACGUUGAAGAUGGUGGAGAUUUAAAUUCCCCCAUGUUAGACAUGGUAAUGUUUAAAGAGGACACGAAUCUGGAACCACUUCCUGGCAUGGAAUUUGAAUCACACAGUGAAGCAUAUUCCUUCUAUCAGGAAUAUGCUCGUUCUAUGGGAUUCAACACAGCAAUACAAAAUAGCCGCCGUUCAAAGACAUCAAGGGAAUUUAUUGAUGCAAAAUUUGCAUGUUCUCGUUAUGGCAUGAAGAGAGAGUAUGAUAAGUCCUUCAAUCGUCCACGUGUAAGGCAAACUAAGCAAGAAAGUGAAAAUUCAACUGGUCGAAGAGCAUGCGCAAAGACAGACUGCAAAGCUAGCAUGCACGUAAAGAGGAGGGCGGAUGGUAAAUGGGUUAUACAUAGUUUUGUUAAGGAGCAUAACCAUGAGCUUUUACCUGCUCAAGCUGUCAGUGAACAAACAAGAAAGAUGUAUGCUGCAAUGGCUAGGCAAUUUGCUGAAUACAAAAAUGUUGUAGGACUCAAGAAUGACUCGAAGAAUCCAUUUGACAAAGUUCGCAAUUUUGCUUUCGAUGCUGGAGAUGCAAGGAUUUUACUCGACUUUCUUACUCAGAUGCAGAAUUUGAACUCUAACUUCUUUUAUGCUGUCGAUAUUGGAGAAGACCACCGACUAAGGAAUUUAUUUUGGAUUGAUGCAAAAAGUAGGCAUGACUAUAUUUAUUUUAAUGAUGUAGUUUCUCUUGAUACUACCUACAUCAGAAAUAAAUAUAAGUUGCCCCUUGCUUUCUUUGUUGGGGUGAAUCAACAUUAUCAAUUUAUGUUGCUUGGAUGUGCUUUGCUAUCAGAUGAAAGUCCAACAACAUAUGCUUGGCUAUUGCACGUGUGGUUGAAAGCAAUCGGUGGACAGGCUCCAAAAGUUAUUAUCACUGACCAUGAUAAGGUACUGAAAUCAGUCAUUCAAGAGGUGCUUCCAAAUGUGUAUCAUCACUUCACUUUGUGGCACAUAUUAGCGAAAAUUUCUGAAAACCUUGGUAAUGUAAUUAAACGGCAUGAAAAUUUUAUGGCGAAAUUUGAAAAAUGCAUCUAUAGAUCAUGGACAACUGAAGAGUUUGAGAAAAGGUGGUGGAAACUGGUUGAUAGAUUUGAACUCAGAGAAGAUGAAUUGGUUCAGUCCUUAUGUGAAGAUCAAAGACAAUGGGCACCAACAUAUAUGAAAGAUGUCUUUUUGGCUGGAAUGUCCGUGGCACAGCGAUCCGAAAGUGUAAACUCCUUCCUUGACAAGUAUUUGCACAAGAAGACCACUGUGCAAGAGUUUGUGAAACAGUAUGAAUCAAUUUUACAGGAUAGGUAUGAAGAGGAAGCAAAAGCUGAUUCUGAUACAUGGAACAAACAACCCACUUUAAGAUCUCCUUCACCGUUUGAGAAGAGUAUUUCGGGACUGUACACACAUGCGGUAUUUAAAAAAUUUCAAGUCGAGGUCUUAGGUGCUGUUGCUUGCUUUCCUAGGAAAGAAAAGGAAGAUGAGAAAAGCAUUACAUAUCAUGUUCAAGAUUUUGAAAAGAAUCUAGUCUUCAUUGUUGUAUGGAAUGGAUUGAAGUCGGAAGUUUCUUGUCUGUGCCGGUUGUAUGAAUAUAAAGGUUACCUUUGUAGACACGCUAUGGUUGUUCUUCAAAAGUGUGAACUUUCUACUAUUCCAACUCAAUAUAUUUUAAAGCGGUGGACAAGAGAUGCUAAGAGCAGACAUUUAUUGGGAGAAGAACCUGAGCUAGUACAGUCUCGGGUGCAACGGUACAAUGAUCUAUGCCAGCGAGCAUUGAGAUUGAUUGAAGAGGGAUCUUUGUCCCAAGAGAGUUACAGUGUUGCAGCACAUGCACUUGAUGAAACUCUUGGAAAUUGUAUUGGUGUCAAUAAUUCUAAUAGAACCUUUUUAGAAGCCGGUCCAUCGGCAGCUCAUAGUCUACUCUGCAUCGAAGAAGAUAGUCAAAUUAGAAACAUAGGCAAGACAAACAAGAAAAAGAAUCCAACUAAGAAAAGGAAGGUGAAUUCUGAACCUGAUAUCAUGACUGUUGGAGCACAUGAUAACUUGCAGCACAUGGACAAAUUAAGCUCAAGAGCUGUAACCCUUGAUGGCUAUUUUGGCGCACAGCCAAGCGUGCAAGGAAUGGUACAACUGAAUUUAAUGGCACCGACCCGUGAUAAUUACUAUGGAAAUCAACAGGCCAUCCAGGGGCUGGGGCAAUUAAACUCCAUAGCACCUAGCCAUGAUGGUUAUUACCCAGCUCAACCGAGCAUUCAUGGACUGGGACAAAUGGAUUUCUUCCGAGCACCAGCUGGUUUCGCCUAUGGCAUUCGGGACGAUCCCAAUGUACGAACAACUCAAUUGCAUGAUGAUGCAUCAAGACAUGCAUGAUUAAUCCCUGAUCUUAGUGAAGGUGCAGGAAACAACUCAUUCUUCUAGUCUGUAAAAAUAGAAUGUAUCUUUCCAAGUUAGUGGCUGGAGAUAUACUGAAUGAUGGUCCUCAAGUGAUUGUAUCAUAAAAAAGUAUGCUGUAUCUCAUCAUUGUCAUUUAUCUUACAUGGUUCUUCUUGAAAGAUGAUAACGUAAUACCGAUUCAGCCUA